GUCUUAAAUUAAAGUUUUGUCGAACGUAAAAAAUUGUGCUUUAAUCUUGUGGCCUUAAACAUGCCACGUGGAAAACUAAAACUAAAAUGUUACCAAAAAAAAGAAAGAGAUCAUUCUUUUUGAACCAGGCUAAAAAGGAAAGGAGAUCAUUCUUUUUUAAACGGAGGGAAUAGUAGUUUCUGCUGCAUCUCUCAAUUAUAUGCUGUUUCUGUCUUCUUUUUCACAUGCAGGACCUGAUGAUCAAGUGUAUGCGAAACCAACACCUCUUCCUCUGGAAUCUGAUAAGAUUCCUUGCAUUGUAAAUGAUUUCAGGAUUGCAGCCCGUAACGCGAUUAAAGCUGGAUUUGAUGGAAUUGAGAUCAACGCUUCAAGUGGCGGCUACCUGAUUGAUGAAUUCAUGAAUGAUCAAGUCCAUGGUUGGACUGAUGAAUAUGAUGAAACUAUUAAGGACAGUUGUCGUCUUGCCCUGGAAAUAGUAGAAGCAGUGGCAAAUGAAAUUGGAGCUGAUAAAAUUGGUAUAAAAUUAUCUCCUUUUGAUGGCAAAAAGGACUCAAAUUCAGAAGCACUAGCAACUUACAUGGCAAAUGAACUAAGCAAUCUUGGCGUUCUGGUAAAUCUGGAUUUGCUUAGUUUGAUGGUAAAUGUUAAGUGGAGCAUUAACCUCAAUAAUUUGAUGACAACACUGAGGAAACAAAAUGCUUCCAUGACAGCCUUUAACGUUACUUGCAAAGCCGCGCAAGAAUCUCAUGGUAUUAAGAAGGGGAGCUGA